UGUACUCUAUCUGUUCGUGCUGUACUCGAAUACUUACGUUAGUAGUCGUAUUAAAGCAGUAGCUGGCAGCGUAAUUUCAAGUUGGAAAGUGUUUGCAGAAUAUAAAAAUAAACUUUUGGAUCAGUGCUGUGCAAACUCGAAGGCCAAAACUUUUUAUUACUGUAAUUGAAACAUGGAUAAAGUCGCUCUUAUAACGGGAGCUUCGGGUCUUCUUGGUCGAGCUAUUUUGCGGAUUUUUGAGGAGGCAGGAUGGCAGGCUUUUGGUUUGGCUUUUUCAAGAGCCUCGAAGAAUCCUAAGCUAAUCAGAGUGGACUUGCGAGAUUUCGCGGCUGUAAAUGACGUCGUUAGUGAUAAAAAGCCUUCUGUCAUCGUGCACUGUGCGGCGGAAAAAAAUCCGGAUGCUGCGGAAGAACAGCAGCUCGCAACCGACGAGAUUAACGUGAAAGCCACGGAGAACUUAGCCAAAGUUGCAGCUGCCAACAAAGCGCUCCUUAUUUACAUCAGCACAGACUCGGUAUUUGAUGGUUCUCACCCUCCUUAUGAAGAGAAUUCCCCAGAUACCAAUCCUGUAAAUUACUAUGGAAAGACGAAGUUGGCUGGAGAACAUGUGACGCUUUCCCAUAACGGUAUUGUUUUGCGGAUACCUUUUUUGUACGGACCCGUGGACGAGGUUGCAGAGAGUUCAAUGUUAACCUUAUUCCGUCAGCUGGAAGAGUCCCAUACACCUGCCGUCUUAUCGGAUUACGACCUCCGUUAUCCCACGCAUGUCGACGAUGUAGCACGCGCAGCCUUAACACUUGCCGAAUCAUUCCUACUGAACAAUGCCUCGGUUAAGGGUGCAUACCAUUAUGCCGGACAAGAAGGAUACACAAAGUACCAAAUGGCGGUGUUUCUAUCAAUGCUAUUCCAAUUACAACACGGCCAUCUCACAGCGGAUCCCCAUCCGCCGAGUUCUGGAGCAAAUCGCCCCCGAGAUCCUCGGCUUCUCUGCAGCCGAUUAGCCAGCCUGGGGACUACAGAGCCGCGGCCCUUCGCCGAGGGUGUGAGGCAGGUUAUUCAGGAGUUCAGCCAGAAAACGGACACCGGAAUAAAUACUGAUUUGAAAUAACAGCGGACGUACUAAGUUUCUGAAUAGCGCUCUUGAGUUUUCCGAUGUUAGAUUCGAGUCAUUUGAUUCUGUUG